GUCUGAUGAGGCAUUCCUGGGAUGUCUCCAAGCAACCAGAACCUGACGCAACCUCCCCGCCCCUCCUCCGGUAGAUCUCUGCUCAAAAACAAGUGGACCGAGGAGCAGCGGAGGGGAUAACAACAGAGGUGGCCCUCACUGAUGUGUAUGCUCGUACUGAGGGUGCCAGACAACAAGUUGGACUUCAGCAGGGAAAUUCCGAUAAGCUCUGAAGAGUAUCUGCUUCCAAAACACCAAAGGGCAAAUCAAAUCAGUUUGAAAAUUUACUGCACUGACAAGAACAGAGACACAGGAAGGACAAAAAGCAAUGUCCUUCAGUAACAACAAAAGAGACUGCCAAUGAAGAACAUUUAUCAUUAUUUUCCUUUACGUUGACACACUUUUGAGGAGCUUUUUGUAGUCAGGGAUGGAAGCACGCUCAGCUCCUCCUCAGAUCACGGUGGACGGUGCUAGUGUCCUGGAGGAAGCAGAAUGUGAAGAAGAUGUGGAUUUGCCUACAGAUGACCAUCUCAUGACCUUGAAGGCCUUGACAGAGAAAUUAAGACUUGAGACCAGGAGACCUUCUUACCUGGAAUGGAAAGCCCAGCUGGAGGCAGAGAGCGUCAGAGAGUCGGGAACUAGAAAAGGCCCGAUCCAAGUAGAGCCUGAAGGGAAGCGAAGAGACACACUCGAAGAGACUGUAGCAAAAUCUGAUGUGAGUCGGUGCAAGCUGCCAUCAGGUGUUUUGAAGGGAUUUGGAAAUAUCGACGAGGCUCUCAGUUGGCUCAGGAGAGAGCUGACAGACAUGCGCUUACAGGACCAGCAGUUGGCGAGGCAGCUCAUGCGGCUUCGAAGCGACAUCAACAAGCUGAAGAUCGAGCAGACGUGUCACCUGCAUCGCCGGAUGCUUAAUGAUGCCACCUUUGGCCUUGAGGAGCGGGACGAGCUGUCUGACCUGCUGUGUGAAUGCCCCGUCACCCCAGGCCUUGGCCUCUCUGCCCCACUGCGACUCAUCGGCGUCACCAAGAUGAACAUUAACUCUCGCAGAUUCUCACUCUGCUAGUGGCAGUGAUAGAACUUCAGUCAGGGAGUUGUGGAUAAAUACAGCCUGUCUUAUACUAUCUUUACUCCACUGCAAAACACCAGAUUGUGGUGAAAUCCUUUGUGCAUUUAGGACUCGACCACAACGUUGUGAGGAUCAAACUAGACAUAAACCCUGUUUUACAGUUCCUAUAAUGAAAGAGAGAGAUUUAGGUAAUGUAUAUUAUUUAGCUAGAAUAGUUUAGUAAGUACAUAUAUAGUGUUUUUGCCACUAAACUGUACACGGCAGCUAUACUGUACACAGCAACAUCUCUGUCUUAAAACCACAGCAGAUUUUAGACCUGCAGGCUAUCAUGACGUGAAACAGAAUAUUUGCAGUUUUUAAACUAAAGAAAGGCAAUCUCAAGUUUAUUCCUGUCCACUUCUAAGCCAAUGAUUUGGUUGUUUCCUGGGACUUAAGCGCUUUCUAUCUACAAGCCUAGAUUUAUCAAGCACAUAUAACUAUUUGAAUACAUUUUUAGUGCAUACAGUCCUCUCUAUGAUGCUAUCAGUGGAGAUAAGAAACUUAAUCUCUUGGUUCCAUGUCCUGGAUCUUGAUCUAAACAUUUUGUGCUUUUAAAAAGAUGCCUUAUUAUUGAUACAAAAUGUACAAUUUAAAUCCAAUGCAUAUUUUAGUUAACGAGUAGUAGUAUAAAUUUAGAAAACAAUGCUGUUUUGUAGAAUAUGGUUUUGUAGAAUAUGGUUGAAAUUAUAUUUUAUUUGUAAUGAUUGUGAAAUUGCACUAGUUGGUAUGAUGGUUUCCAGUCCUCUGUUUUCUUCUUUUAAGUAAGGAUGUCUUGAACAGUCUUGCCUUUUUUUAUGCUCUAAUUGUUGAGCUCCAGCCAGGAAGUAACCAUUUAAGAGGGCAUUGUCUGUUUGGAACAAGAACGCAGCUCAGUUUUGUGGAUAAACAUUGAAUUAUAACUCAUCUAGAUAUCUGUGUGUACCAAAUCACAUGGAUACGGGCCAUCUUGUUAUGUCGGCAGUUAUAAUGGGAUAUAUAAUUGGAAGUAACCUUUUAUAACUCAUCCUCCAAACAAGAAAUUGAGGUCGUGAAGGUUUGCAUUUGAACUGUGGGAGUAUGAAAUUUGAGCCAAGUAUAGUCAUUGUGCAGUUGCAGGGUUUGAGAUACCAUUCGUUGUGGCCCAGAUAUACUAUAAAUCACAGAUUUAAAGCUCUCACACACUGACAUACACAUCUAAUUUGGUGACCACAGGAGUGAACACUGGACACUGAAAUGACAAGAUUAACAAUGUUGUCCACUCCUAAUGUCCCAACAUUAUGAUAUUAUGUUUCUGUACUAACACAAUACUUGCCCCCCCCCCCCUCCCCUGACCACCCCAAAGCAGUGAGGCACAAUGCCACUUACCACCUGGCAAGAAAACUGCUACUGCUACAGUAUGUCAACUUGAUCUUGUGUUACUAAGCCUCUAAUCGAAUGGAAAAUACUUUAAAACUGGUUCAGUAAAACAUGAUAUCUUAAAUGGUUCGUUGUAAGUGCUAGUAGUAUGUUUUCACGAAUGUACUGGAAAUAAAUAAUCCACCAA